GAGUGUAUUAACGGUAUUUCGUAAUCGCGACAUCUGGCCACACCGCACCGUCUGCGAAAAAAACCCAAAAGUCGCCGAUUUUGGCUGAUUAUUGCAAAAAUAAUAUUAACUAUCCGUUUGCUGUUCGUGUGCUCGGUUCGGGUGUGCUAAAGUAAAGCGCAACGCGAGGAAUUAGUGCAAAUUUACCAGCGGCUGGACACACAAAACGGAACUUUCGCACUUGGCCUCCCUCCGCACGCCCCCUCGCCGACGCCCCUCGCCCCUCACACCCCUCAGCCGUUCGUCGGACGCCGCUGUUCGUCGUGCGUUUUGUUGUUGUUUCCCCUGAAGCACUCUCUAUUUGUAUUGUUUCAGUUAUUAGUUUUUUUGUUGUUGUUGUUAUUGUUGUGUGCUUACACUUAUCGGUAACGGAUAACGGAAUCGAAAGAUAUAUAGUAUAUAUAGUAAGAUGUCGAAGAACAAGCUGAAUCUGGUGCUACCGCCGGUAAAUACGGAGGCAACUGUUGCCGCCGCCACAGUGGCGCCGACGCCGCCGUUCAAAACCCCCUCGGGCACAGACACACACAGUUUGCUGGGGAAGCCCAAGACGAGCAUCGAUGCGCUGACAGAGACGCUGGAGGGUCUGGACAUGGGCGACACGGAACGCAAGCGGAUCAAGGUCUUCCUCAGCCAGAAGGAGAAGAUCGGCGAGCUGUCCGACGAGGAUCUGGAGAAGCUGGGCGAGCUGGGAUCGGGCAAUGGCGGCGUGGUGAUGAAGGUCCGGCACACGCACACACACCUGAUCAUGGCCAGGAAACUGAUCCAUCUGGAGGUGAAGCCGGCGAUCAAGAAACAGAUCCUGCGCGAACUGAAAGUCCUGCACGAAUGUAAUUUCCCGCACAUUGUCGGUUUCUACGGCGCCUUUUACAGCGACGGCGAGAUCAGUAUCUGCAUGGAGUAUAUGGACGGUGGAUCACUUGACCUGAUCCUCAAGCGGGCCGGUCGAAUACCGGAGUCCAUCCUUGGCAGGAUCACGCUGGCCGUGCUUAAGGGCUUGAGCUAUCUGCGAGAAAAACACGCCAUCAUCCACCGUGACGUCAAGCCGAGCAAUAUCCUCGUCAACAGCAGCGGCGAGAUCAAGAUCUGUGAUUUCGGCGUCUCUGGCCAACUGAUCGACUCGAUGGCCAACUCCUUUGUGGGCACCCGAAGCUAUAUGUCGCCGGAGCGACUGCAAGGCACCCACUACUCCGUGCAGUCGGACAUCUGGUCGUUGGGCCUGUCGCUGGUGGAGAUGGCCAUCGGCAUGUACCCCAUCCCGCCGCCAAACACCGCCACCCUGGAGUCGAUAUUCGCCGACAAUGCGGAGGAGACCGGACAGCCGACGGACGAGCCCAGGGCAAUGGCCAUCUUCGAGCUGCUGGAUUACAUUGUGAACGAACCGCCGCCCAAGCUAGAGCACAAGAUCUUCUCCACCGAGUUCAAGGACUUCGUGGACAUAUGCCUGAAGAAACAGCCCGACGAGCGGGCAGAUCUCAAGACCCUGCUGAUUCAUCCGUGGAUAGGCAAGGCGGAAAAGGAGGAGGUGGAUAUAUCCGGCUGGGUGUGCAAGACAAUGGAUCUGCCGCCGUCGACGCCAAAGCGUAAUACGUCGCCCAACUAGAUGCCUCUGCGUUCCGGCCCCCAUUUUCUCUAUCCUCCCAUAUCCACACUUGCUCUUUGUUCGACAGAGCGUUGACGCUGGGCAAAACAACUGAACUAUUAUUAUUAUUAAAUCGAAAAUAAAUAAAUCGAAGUCAUACCAUGUA